AUGCCUAUUAAAUUCUACAACCACAUUGGAUUCAAUAAAGGCUACAACUUUAUACUAUGGUUCAUCUUCGGCGGCGCGAUGAUCGGCUUUGUGCUUGCCCGUGCUAUGUAUCUAGAUUUCAACGGCCAGUAUUGCCCCUCUGAGGCUCGCACAAAUGGUAGCGGCGCAGCGCCUGGAGAGUGCUACUACUAUAGGACCUUCCCGAGGUACAAGAUUGGUAUUCUACUGCAUCUUGCGGGUAUCUUGCCUGCCUCUGCCAUUGCUGUGAUACAGUUCACACCUUUUUUCCGCCAAAAAUGGAUUGUUGUGCAUCGUAUUGGCGGGUAUGUAGCGAUAGUGCUCUACAUCAUAAGCUUGGCUGGGGUUUUGAUGAUUGCACGUCACGCACUUGGUGGAUCUGUUGAUGUGCAGGCCUGGUGCGGCUUCGUGGGGUUUGGUGUUCUUGCUUGUUUCGGAUUGUCAUGGUACAACAUCAAGAGACUGCAGAUUGAACAACACCGGGCGUGGAUGCUUCGAGGAUGGUUCUAUGCCGGCUCCAUCAUUACGUCAAGGUUGAUUAUGAUUAUUGCGGCGUUGAUCACAUCGAACCGAGGCGGCUACUAUGCUGUCUGGACCUGCGCAAAGAUUCUCUCGACAUAUCCCGAUAGAUCGGUCGAAACUCUAGUACAGGACUAUCCAUCUUGCGCAUCAUGGGCUGAUGGUAGUAAUUCAUCGCAGGUUGCCCCUGUUCCUGCAAGAUUCGCUGGCGGCUCGUCGGCCACUGUUGGUGCGGCAUUGAACAUCAGCUUUGGGGCAGCCUUGUGGCUUGCUUUCAACCUACAUGCGUUGGGAGUGGAAAUCUACUUGGCUCUCACUCCGAGAGAGGCAGAACGACUAAGGAAGGUUAGCUAUGCCCGACAAUUAGAAGCAGGGAUGCAAAACCCAGGAUCUGCGGGCCUUACUACGGAUAGACUGGGUGAUUCUGAGAGGUGGGUUGUCCCUAGAAGUAGAGCAAGCCAGGAUUCUGUAGACGCUGCGCUGGUCCAGCAGACUAAGGCUAAGUAA